AACUUUGUCGUGUGUGAGGCGAGUUUGAGUCAGUCAGGCUUUAUUUCAUUCACACCGUGUCACAUUUAUAAAUCAUCGUUUGUAACGCGUUCAGUGCUCAACGUUUCUGAAGUGUGAAAGAGGCUCGAGCGCUCGACUGUUAUGAUCCCGCAGAUGUGAUGACUGUGAUGAUGAUUGACGUUAUUGUGAUGUUUGUGCUGUAAUAUCAGCUGGUGUCGGUUCGGAUUCGGUGCUCGUUGGGUUUCGCUGUGUUUGUAACUCGCGAUGUUUACUGUAUCACAAUAAGAGUCCCGGGCUGCUGCCGCUGCCGCUCUUCCUCCUCCGGUCGCGCUCAUCCUCCUCUUCCUCGUCUUAAAGCGGAACGCGCACAUUUAGCGCUCGUGCACUUCAUUCACUCGCCGAAAGUGUUGAAGCGGUUCGUCAGUUUGACCAUGAGUUUAUAACAGAGUGAAGUGAGCAGGAGAUCACAGAGGGACAAAAAGACUCGUGUUUGAUGCGUCUGUAUAUGUGACAGCUUUACGUCAAUCAUUCAUUGGACAGCUGCACGUCACUCGUGCAUAUGACACGCAUGACAGCCGUACGUCACUGACUGAACACAAACAUUCGUGACGCCAUCAAGGUGCGGUGAUGUCUGAGGACGCGGUGCGGCAGACGCGCAGUCAGAAGCGUGCGCUAGAGCGGGACUCUCUGCCCGCGGACGGUAAGCGGCUGAAGCUGGAUGGCGUGGAGCGCUCCCGAUCGGAGACGGCCGUGGCGGUCCAGUCCUCCAGCAUCCUGAAGGCCACCAUCAAAGUGGAGGUGCAGACAGGAGACGAGCCCAUGGACAUGAGCAACACUUCGGUGAAGAGAGAGGCGAGGUCUCCGUCGCCCGAUGAUGUGAUCGUUCUGUCGGACGAGGCGCCCAGUCCACAGGUGAACGGAGGAAAUCACCUCAAAGAGCUGGACACGGAUCUGCUGAUGAGGAGUUCUCCAGAGGAGCGUGAGCACGUCAUUAAGCAGCUGAAGGAGGAGCUGCGUUUAGAGGAGGCCAAACUCAUCCUGCUCAAGAAACUCAGACAGAGUCAAAUACACAAAGAAUCCAGCGUACAGAAGCCGGCGGCUCCUGUGUCCAGUGCGCCUCCUCCUCUGGUGAAGGGAUCUGCUACUGGGAAAACCACACAACCUGUGAUCUCUGCUCGGGCUUCUGGGACGGUGAUUCCUCCUCCGCUGGUGCGCGGCAAUCAGCUGUCCAAACACGGCUCGACCGGCGCUCAGAUCAUCAUGCCUCCGCUGGUCAGAGGAGCUCAGUCGAUCUCGGUGUCGCCGCAGCAGAUCUCCAGCCUGAGACAGCAGCAGAACUCGUCUUCGGGUCCUCCUCCCCUGCUCCUCGCUCCCAGAGCCACGGUGAGCAGCGUCGCGGGACAGAAGAUCAUCCAGCCCGGCCUCAUACGCAUGACCACCAUCCCCAGCACCGGCCUGCUGGUCAGCAUCAACCAGGCCACCGGCUCAAACCUGAAGACCGGGUCGAGCGUGUUGAACGCCGGUCAGUCUCCAGACGGUCGUCAGGCGGCCAAACUAGCGCUGCGCAAACAGCUGGAGAAGACGCUGCUGGAGAUCCCGCCGCCCAAACCGCCCAUGCCGCAGCUCAACUUCCUGCCGUCGGCGGCCAAUAACGAGUUCAUCUACCUGGUGGGGCUGGAGGAGGUGGUGCAGAACCUGCUGGAGUCUCUGGGACGAGGUAAGCAGGGUCUGUACGCGGGUUUGGUGGUCAGCGGUGGAGAGCCGUCCUGCUGCUCUCAGUGUAAGACGGACUUCACCUGCCGCUGGCGUCGAGAUAAAGGCGGAGCCGUCAUGUGUGAGCAGUGCAUGUCGUCCAAUCAGAAGAAGGUGCUGAAGGCCGAACACACCAAUCGUCUGAAGGCGGCGUUCGUCAAGGCGCUUCAGCAGGAGCAGGAGCUCGAUAAGCGCGUGCUGCAGCAGGCCACGUCCCCCGCCUCUUCAUCAUCAUCAUCCUCUCACGGGAUGAAGGUCGAUCAGGUCAAAGCGCGCUCCUCCUCUUUAGUUCAGCAGACGCAGGGACGCGCCGUUCAGACCGUGAGCCGCCACAUCGCAACCAUCAAACAGGUGUCUCAGAGUCCGUCGGCCCGUAGCGUGCAGCCGUCCGCGAUCCGCGCCGUUCCUCACUCGUUCUCCCCGUCCUCUCAGCUGCAGAACGCCGUGGCGGCCGCCGCUCUGGUCAACAGGCCAGGUAAGCAUGCAGAGCGUCAGGGGUCAAAGGUCAGCAGCAGCAGAGGCAGCGGCGUGAGGAAACGGAGCAGCGGCGCCGCAGGUGUGACUAUGGCCUACGUGAACCCCAGUCUGUCUGUUCAUAAGCCGUCUGCGGUGGAGCGUCACAGAGAGUAUCUGCUGGACAUGAUCCCGUCCCGCUCCAUCUCACAGGCCGCAAACACCUGGAAGUAAAACGGCAGGAGUCCAGACUCUGGAGGUUCUGGAUUCAUCUGUCUCCGCUCCGUUCCGGAGGAUCUGAGCGGUUUCCGCAGGUUUCUUCACACAAGGGCUUCGAGUCUCGUCGGGUGCGGCGCGACGGCACCGACGCGCGGAUCACGUGACGCUAGCGGAGCCGCGCUCUUACAUCAUCACUUCACUUCACAAAAACACCAACCGAAUGCAAACGAGACGCUUCACGCGCCGCCGUCUGUCUGUCCGUCUGCGGGCCGCUUUGUUUCUGUUACGGCUUCUUAUUAUUAUUUAGGUUUGUUUGACUGUUAAGUUAUGUAAGUGUAAGUGUAAGUGUGUGUCUGUGUGUGUAUGUGUGUGUGGUUUGAGCUGAAGGGUGUGUGUGUCAUGCGUGUGUUUGACUGCAAAUCACAUUUGACAGAAGUUUGUUCUUCCACAAACAUUUAUUAUUUCAGCUCAUAGAUUAAUCUGAGUUUCGAGUCAGUUGAAGUUUCCUACAUUUGUCAAUCUUUUUCUGAUUAUUGUUUGUAUUUCUAUGCAGGUGAUUCUCCAGGUGUAAAACAUUUGAUUAAAGCGUUUCUGAAAUAAUUCCAUUGAUAAUUGGUGUAUAAGAUCAUCAGUGAACUCAGAUUGUUGUUUAAUGAGUGGCUGAUUAUUGGUGCAGAGCAUCAGUGUUUAUGAUGAUGAUGACGAUGAUGAUGAAGGCAGAUUGAUCUCUUGGCUCUGAUUGGUUAAACUCUCACUGUUAAACUGCACAUCAAUAAAAAUCAUCAUCAUGUUUCCGCCUGUCGAACAGUCGAGUUCACCGAUGCGUUUGUUUUUGUUUUGUUUUGCGAUGACGUCACACCGUCGUGUUUCCAUGGUUACGGACAGAUGCAGCGUGUCACGUUUCCUGUUGCAUUUGCUUCCUGCAACAUGUACAAAGUUACAGUUUGUUAGAUUUAUUUGUUCCUGUAAUAAAACGUUUUAACCCUUUCA